CACGGACGGACACGAGCUCAGUAGCAAAAGUGAACCGUGCCCGAACGGAACGGAAAAGAAAACAAAUCAGAAAAAAGUGCGCUUAAAGUGAUUGUCGUGUGGAAUUUCUCUGAUCGGAAGUUCGCAGCAGAAAUCGUAACGUGCAAAGAGGACGUGAACAUUAAUACAACCACUCAGUACAAAAUGAUGAUGUGCCGGAAAAGAAACACCACCCAGCCACGGGUGUCACUCACAGUGGCCAGUGUCCUACUUUUCGUCAGUGUUGUGCUACUCUCCCUACUGCCCGAACCAUCCGCCGCCCAACCGAUCGAUAUGCUCGAUCAAAUCGGUUCAGAAAGUCGACGAAUGUUCUACAAAAUGCUCGAAUAUCUGGGCGACUACGACGAGCUGGAGGACGACGGUGGGCCCCAGGAGCGGGAGGAAAACGGUGGCUCGCUGCCGCUGCAAACGAGCAAUCGGGUCGAGGUGGCCGGACGCGACGAGCAGUGCAAGCUACCGCCCCGCCGCGGCGUGUGCCGUGCGCUUCUGCCCCGCUUCAGAUACGACCCAGCGCAGAAGGAAUGCAUCGAGUUCAAAUUCGGAGGCUGCGACGGCAAUGCAAACAACUUUAUGUCCUACAAGCAGUGCAUGGAGGCCUGUAAAGGAGUCUAGGCAGUGUGAGAAAGAUGCCAUUAAACCGGUGUUUGUGCUCGGUUCUGGAACUUCUUCAAUCUUCUAAGAACUACCCGUUCCCCCCCCACCAAGUGAUAUGUAGUGUGUUAAGAACAAGGCUGACCGACCCGCCGGCGUAAAUAGAAAAGCUAACCGUAAGCUUUCCACAAUCCAGUGGAAAGAUGCAUAGUGGUACGAUAAGCUUCUCGAUCAGCUCAAUCCUCCUAUUGUUAGUAUUUAUUCAGUCAACUGUUCGAAGCGUUACAUUGUGGUAAUAAAGUUUUCGAACGUUUUGCUUUUAUAAUGAA